AUGUUUAAAAGAGAUCACCAUAACACAGAUUCUCAAUUUGUAAUAGUCGAAAAAGACCCCCUCUCUGGUCAAAUCACCGAAGACCACCGCACAAGUCAUAAAAUUCUUUCUGGAACAUCUUCAUUAUCUUCUUCUCCUAGAGCACAAUCACCUGUAAGAGCUCUUCUUUCAGCUCAAAAAUCAUCGUCAUCUUUAGAUAACAAUAAUAACAAUAGUAAUAAUAACAAUCAUACUAAUCAACAAUACAUUUCUUCUCCACAAUCUUCAACAUUAUACUCUUUAAAUUCUCCAGCUGCAACCUCUUCAGCUCACAACCUGGGUUCAAAACUUCGUGAAAAACUUACAAAAAACUUGAGACCAACAUCUUAUCUAUUAAACAACUCUUCUUCUUCAAAUAUAACUUCUACAACUAACUUAUCAUCUCCAUCAACUCCAGCGUCUCCAUCACCAGCAAUUAGCAUUCCUAUUCAUUCUCCAAAUAUGGCCCUUACAACUACUUUUUCAGCAUCUUCUCUUUCUUCAUCUUCAUCUUCACCUUCUUCAUCUUCCAAUCCGCCACUUACUCCAUCAUCUCCUGGCUCUUAUUCUUCUUCUUCCAUGUCAUUACCAAAACAUUCUAUUCUAUCGUCGAAUAAUCAUCAUAACUCAAACACAGCCACCAGUACGUCACCAAGUAAAUACUCCGCCCUUUUCCAUUUAGCAUCAUCAUCAUCAUCAUCAUCAUCAUCAGCCGCAGCAGCAGUAGGAGCAACCUCUGCCACGUCGUCCUACUCUUUGACUUCGUCAUCCUCGCCAUCUUCGCCAUCACCUAUGAUUACGAUUUCAUCUCCAAGAUCAACUUUGGGUCCUGAAUUAAACGAGCCUAAUAAAGCUUUGUUGGAAUUAUUGGCAGUGGUGGACCCCACAAAUGAACGUUUGAAUCGCUCAUCAAACGGCUCUGGUGAUUCUAAAUCAUCUCAAAUUCCUGAUAAACUCGACCCAAGGAAAACUCAACUGGCCUCUAGUAUCAUGUCUUCUUUCCCUUCUUCUCAGUCAAGGCGUGCAGCUCCUUCAGUCACUGCAGUUAAUCUCCCUUCUGUUGCUACUACUACUACUACUACUCCAUCUCAGCCGCUACAACAACAACAACAACAACAUCCAGGAGUUCAACAGCAAAACCAACCAAUGACAUCUCUGCCAGUUUCUUUCCCUCCUGAACUGCCUCCAAGACCAUUGAGCUCGCAAAAUAUAACUCUCUCAGCAGACUAUAACUACUACUCUGACAAUAAUUAUAAUAAUAAUAAUAACUCUUCAAAUGGCAAUUUUGGCAAUAUCAAUGCCAUGGACGACAACAACAACAACGACGACGACGACGACGACAACCAGUCUUAUGUAUCUGACGCAGACUCAUUCACCAUUGGAGACGAAAAGCGGCUGUCAGUUAUGGUCAUGAGCCCUGGAAGUAACACAUCAUCUUUCAAUGGCUAUAAUAAUAAUAAUAAUCAGCCUUCAACUUACGAAUAUUCACCGCAGCAACAGCAACAACAACAACAACAACAACAGUUCAACGCCCCAGCCUUGACUUCUAGCCCUGUAGAGGUCCACCUUCCACAAAGCCCGACUUGGCACCACCCAGCCGGCAAUAACGGACCCGAUCUCAUUGCUUCAUCGAGAGCUCACGGCACUUUGUCUCCAACCUAUAAUCCUUCUUCCACGCUUACCACUAGUGGCAUAAAUACUGGAAAUCGCUCUGUUUCGGCAGAAAGUACCGCCAGUACCGCCUCUAAUUUGACUUCAGUUAGUACCGUUAGCAAUAUCUCACAAGGAACAUAUCUCAUGGAUUUUGGAGCUGCUGGCGACCAGCAACAAUCUUUCCCAAGUACUCCCCAUUUGGUUAUUAACAAAAGUCGCGAAAGUGUUGUGAGUUCAACCUCUGACUCGGUUCCACAUCCAAUUCUUAAUGUUCCCAAGACUCGCCAACAACAGCAGCAGCAAGCAUCCCAAGAUGGGAGUACUAAUAAUAACAACAACACAAGCCAUCCUGAUCUUCCUAAAAUAGAUACGUCCACCCAGACGGAUAACCAGGACAUGUGGAACUUGUAUCCAACAGACACUCCAAUCACCCCAAACCAAAACCAUUACAACCAUUCCAGUGUACCUCCAGGUAGUGAGUCAUCGGCAUCAGUCUACAGUCCAGAACUGACUCAACAACAGAACCAUUACCGAUCUGUGGAAUCCACACAAGAUGGUGCUGCUCAUCAGCAUUUUUACCAGCAACUGCAAAGUACGUUUCCUUCUAGUACGGCGCACAUAAAUGACGUUGAAAAUAAAAUGGCCGCCUUGACUACUGCAGAACCCACAGGUACUUAUUCCCACAGUAGCAGUAGCAGUAACAGUAACAGCAACAGCAUUACUUCUCAAUCUGUUUCAGAUACAUUACAGCAACACCAACAACAACAACAACUUUAUUCUAAAACAACUGUACCGCUCUCACUCAUGCCCCGGUCCCCCGCACUGGAUGCUACCGUCUCAUCUGCAACUGUUAAUACUCAUACUUCUGUAUCAAACACAGGCCUCCCUUCGCCUAUUCGUGAAACUUCCAGACAACAGCCCUUGUAUUUUGACCCGGCAUCUCUCUCAGCUUCUGACUUGACUGCUCAAGGUUCCAACAAUAGUUCUAUAUCUCUUGCAUCGUCCGGGUACUCGUACGGAAUGACACCUAACGCCUCCAAGUUAAAUGUUCAACAGUUUCAGCCAACAAACAAUAUCUUUCAUCCUUCUUCUCAACAACAACAACAACAACAACAACAACGUCAAAUGCAAAUGCCAUCGGAUGAUCUCAUUGCGCAGUACAAUCAAGAACUCGAAGUUCAAGAGUAUCAGCGUCUUAAUGCUAAAACCCACCAACAAGCGCUGGGAAAACAGUUUGAUUUGGAAAUUCCUGCAAUCAAGGUCAAUGACAUGACUCAUGAGUCUCUUUCAUCCCCACAUGAACCACCACAAUUGCAGUAUUCAGAUAGUCUCAGGGAAGCUGCUAUUACCACUCCUUCAGGACCUUCCUCUCGGUCAUCUUCAUCUCCACCUCCAUCUGCAGGGAAAGAAAACAGCAGCAGCGGCAAACACGGGCGACACUUGUUGGGGAUUUUUAAAGGCCACAAGAAGAAAACAAGCAAUACGCCACCAGCAUCCAACGCUCACUCUCGAGACUCAUCUGUCGAACCUCCCAAGAACCGUAAAACUAGCCCCUAUGAAGGCCUCAUUGUGCAACCUUCUCAAGAACAGGUCAACGAAUGGGAGCGCGAAGCUGAAAACUUGGUUCUGCGACUCCCUGGCAGUGACUCGCUCCAACCGCUACCACCAUUCCCAAGCAACUCCAAUGGGCUGUAUGGGUCCCCAGUUCACGCCGACAGCGAUGGAUCUUUAUCUUCAGAUCGAGACUUGUUAAGUCCUAAUGCAGCAAAUAGCCAUCAUCAUCAUCACCAUGGAACAGGAGGAAAUAGCGCGGCGAAAAAACUUUCACGAUUCAGUGCGCUCAUUACAGGAAAUGCAUCAGGUAAUAGAAACAGAUCAAGCAGUACAUCGUCUGUUUUUUCAAACGUCUCGGAUGUAUCUGUGCAUGAAGAUGCAAAUGUACAUCUAAGCCCAAGCAAGGCUGCAGGUGCUACAGAAACAAACAACACCUUGUCUUCUAACAUGAUGCUUCACCACGAUGCCAAUGUGAGUUCGUCAUCAGUAAAUUUGACAUUUUCCAAAGACACAGAUGUCACGCUACACCGUGCCAUUGACCUACAUGAGGCUGGCCGGCUCACAGAGGCUGCCGAGCUUUUUCGGGAGCUAGCAGACCCGGACCAUACCAACCAUCCCCUUGCCCAAGUGCUCUACGGACUCUCGUUGCGGCAUGGAUGGGGUGUCGAGGUCAAUGAAACUCUUGCGUUUCAGUACCUACGGCUUGCAGGCAAAAACUCGGCAAUGCUACACCAGAUUAUUGCGGAAACAGGGUUGUCGUCACAAGAUGGAACAACAUCAGCAGUCACUGCAGUGGCUGCAGGUGCAACAGCCGAUUCUCUGCCAGUUACCCCUGUUUCGGGACAAUACCCAAGCGACCAAGAAAAUAAUAAUAACAAUAAUAAUAAUCUCACAUCAACAGUCAUUGGAUCAAGAGCCCGAAGCCGCGCAUUAUCUUCGGCCGCAGUGGCUGCUGCAGCACCCGCAGCUACUGCAGCCGAGCUUCAAUCGCAUGCGCUUAAAGCGCAACCCAAUUCCACGGCUGGUCUCGAUGCAUUAUUACCAUCUGCCAUAGUUCCUCCUUCUUCUUCUUUUUCUACAUCUUCAAAAGGCCUAGCAGCAGGGGCUCCAGCGGCGGCAGCAGCAGCAGCAGCAACAACAACAACAACAACUGCCAAUGCGACUGCGACUGCGACUACGGCAACUACAACUUCUACGGGUGGUUUUGCACGCGGAGAAUUGACGUUGGCUACAUACGAGUUAGCCAAUUGUUUCCGCAACGGAUGGGGGUGCGACAAAGACCCUGCAGCAGCAUUGACAUACUACGAAGCUGCAGCACAUCUGGGUGAUCCGGACGCAAUGUAUGAGGCUGCGUGGUGUUAUCUGAAUGGGUUUGGAACCAAGGGUAAGAAGAAGGAUAAGUAUAAGGCUGCACAGUAUUAUCGUAUGGCAGAAAGUAAGGGGAAACAUGAGGUGGGCAACUCGUGGAUCUGGAAGGAAAAGUAUGACCCAAAGUGA